AUGCCAGGAUACUCAGAGUUCUACUUUAAUGUGGACCAUGGCUACCUGGAGGGUCUGGUCCGAGGGUUCAAAGCUGGGAUCUUGACAAGCUCGGACUAUGUCAAUUUAGCACAGUGUGAGACACUAGAAGAUCUGAAGCUGCAUCUACAGACUACAGACUAUGGCAACUUCCUGGCUAAUGAAACUGGCCCUCUCACUAUUUCCACCAUUGAUGAUAAACUGAAAGCAAAACUACUCACAGAAUUUCAUUACUUUAGAAACCAUGCUUUUGAGCCGCUCGCCACUUUCCUGAAUUUUAUCACAUACAGCUAUAUGAUUGACAAUGUAAUUCUUUUAAUAACUGGCACUUUACACCAGCGGCCCAUAGCUGAACUUGUUCCCAAGUGCCAUCCACUGGGGAGCUUUGAGCAAAUGGAAGCAGUCAGCAUUGCCUCAAACCCCACCGAACUGUUCAAUGCAAUUUUGGUUGACACACCAUUAGCUGCUUUCUUUCAAGACUGCUUGUCUGAAAAUGACCUGGAUGAAAUGAACAUAGAAAUAAUGCGCAACAAACUGUACAAGUCUUACCUUGAGGCAUUUUAUAAGUUUUGUGAAAAGCAAGGUGGUACUACAGCGGAAAUAAUGAGACCUAUUCUCGAGUUUGAGGCAGACAGACGUGCCUUUAUCAUCACCAUUAAUUCAUUUGGCACUGAGCUGAGCAAAGAUGACCGGGAGAAGCUGUAUCCAACCUGUGGAAAACUGUACCCAGAAGGCUUACACCUGUUGGCCAAUGCAGAUGACUACGAGCAAGUGAAGUGUGUUGCCGAUUACUAUGCAGAAUACAAGGCUGUGUUUGAAGGAGUAGGGAGUGGCACAGGAGAAAAGACACUAGAAGAUGCAUUUUUUGAACAUGAGGUGAAACUGAAUGUGCUUGCAUUCAACAAUCAGUUUCAUUUUGGAGUGUUUUAUGCCUAUGUAAAGCUAAAGGAACAAGAAUGCAGGAAUAUUGUAUGGAUUGCUGAAUGUAUUUCACAGAGACACAGAACCAAAAUUAACAACUACAUUCCAAUUUUCUAGAGCUGAGAAUGUAUAAGCCUACAAUGUCUGAACAGAUGCAUUAUGGCACAGAAAAGAAGAAAAAUCUUCUUUCAAAAGUAAAUUCUUAUUAGUUGACUUGAAAUGUAUUAAUAAUCUUCCUAAUAUACAGCAGUGUAAG